GUGAUGUCUGGUAGGGGUAAAGGAGGCAAAGGCCUUGGUAAAGGUGGUGCUAAACGGCACCGUAAGGUCCUUCGAGACAAUAUUCAGGGUAUUACCAAGCCGGCUAUUCGUCGCCUAGCUCGCCGUGGGGGCGUUAAGCGUAUCUCCGGUCUUAUUUAUGAGGAGACCCGUGGCGUUUUGAAAGUUUUUUUAGAAAAUGUUAUAAGAGAUUCUGUAACUUACACCGAACAUGCUAAACGCAAGACCGUUACUGCAAUGGAUGUGGUUUACGCUCUCAAACGCCAAGGACGAACUCUCUAUGGAUUCGGUGGUUGA